UAUAAUAUAGAAGUUAACUCACAAGGGUUUCCAAAUGCAAACCGAAAUUCAGUUGACUCGAAUCGCACGAGUCGCGAGGAAGCACAGAAAACCUUCGAGACAGUGAAUAUCGUUUUAGACUUCGCCGUAGGCCCUGAUUUAUAAACACAAACAGCAAAAUGGCAACCGUCGAUAUCAGCGAGGAGGCCUUCAACCUGCGUCUGGGCUAUCUGAAGCCUGACACUCUGGAAAUUGCCCGAGUGGAGCUGAGGGAGACGGAGGAGGUCAAGGCGGAGGCCAUCACAAAGCUGAGGGAGCUCCUCAAGGCCACGCCCGAGCUGAACUAUAAGGAUGAUGAUGCCUUCCUCACAGUCUUCCUGCGUGCCUGCCACUUUUAUCCGGAGGGAGCCUUGGAAAAGAUGAAAACCACUGCCGCCUUCCGCAAGGAGUAUGCCGCUCUUGUCCGUGGACUUUUGGUGGAGCAGGUCAAGGAGAAAUUCGUCAAGGGCAGCGUUAUCAAUGUCCUGAAGAAUUGCGAUCAGAAGGGUCGCCGUGUCCUCAUCGUUAACUGCGGCAAACUCUGGGAUCCCAGCGAGAUCAGCAGCGAUGACAUGUUCCGCAUGCUGUACAUGGUUCACAUUGCUGCCCAGCGCGAGGAGGAAACCCAGAUCCGUGGUGUCGUCUGCGUUAUGGACUUUGAUGGUCUGGCCAUGAAGCAGGUUAAGGCUUUGUCGCCGAGCUUCUCCAAGCGCCUGCUCACCUUUAUCCAGGAGGCCAUGCCGCUGCGCAUGAAGGAGGUGCACUUUGUCAAGCAGCCAUUCAUCUUCAACAUGGUCUGGUCGCUCUUCAAGCCCUUCGUCAAGGAGAAGCUCAACAAGAGGAUGCACUUCCAUGGUAGCGAUAUGAAGUCUCUGCACAAGUUCCUGGAUCCCUCUGUCCUGCCCGCCAACUACAAGGGCACCCUGCCCGCCAUCGAUUAUGGCGGCACCGAAUGGAUCGGCGCUUUGGAGAAGCAGGCCGACUAUGUGGCCGAGUGGAGCCAACUGGGUCCUGCCCAGUGGUAAAAGCCUAGACCAUUCCACAUCCCAACUGACAUUAGCUUAACUUUAUGCUUGUAAAUACUUGCAACUUGUGUUUGCUUAGUUUGUAACAUUUUGGCAAUAAACUAGUUUCAUAAUUUGAUAAACCAAA